UACAAUUUGGGGAAUGCCUCCAAUGUGCCGUUAAAGUUCUUUGUCUUCAAUGUGCCUUUAAAGUUCUUUUUUUUUUCUUUCUUCCAAUAAGCCGCAUGCCACCGUGUCGAGAACUGACUCUCUACACGUACUGAUAUUUUUAUGUAGAAUUCGUUGUCUGAAGAAACACUAAUGAUGUACACUCUGAUAUACAACAAUGUAUUUAUACUUUACGUCAUCAGACGUACAGAUGUACGCCUUGAUCGGUACAGAAUAUGUGACUUGCCAUCGAUCUAGCUGGUGUAAAAAAAAUUAUUUGGGAAAUAAAUACUAUUUGUCAUGGUAUAUGUUUGUUUUAGGAGGUAUUUUCAAAAUGUAAUAAACUGACUUUUGUGUCUGUAAAAUCACACCAUUGCUAUGUACCUUUUACGUCAUAAAACUUACGUCUUAAAUAAAAACAAUAACGAUUAUGUGUGUACAGUAUUGAAAGAAAGAAGAAAACAAGGCUAGCAAUAAAUCAAACAACUUUAAAAUCACAAAUUGUUGCCUGAUUUCAUGCAUUAACUAUUAUGCAUUAUCUGUUACAGUAAUAUUCAAGCUAAAGCGAAGUUUGGGGGAACAAACAAACGAAAGAGAGAAAAAAGAGAGAGAGGAAAAACACCGACAGUAGACCAAAGUCCACACUAUCCACGAUAAUUACAUAUGCAUGUCGACCACAAAUAACUCCCGAAGACAGUGCUCAAAAUGGACACGGACAUUACCGAAACUCCACCAUCCCCUGGUGAGGAUCUCCUCAAACAAAGACAGAUUCUUGCCAUUCGUUUACAACGAUCGAUACGAGAGAAAAAACUUCACGAAGUUAAGAAAUUUAUAAAAGAAAAAGCCGAUGUGAAUUACAAAGACGCAACAGGUAGUUCCGCCAUUCAUUAUGCAUCACAGGAAGGAAAUCUAGAGAUUGUGAACAUCUUAAUUGAUACCGGAGCCAUUGUCAACACAUUUGAUAACAACUACCACACUCCUCUCCACAAGGCCGCCAUGAGGGGACACCCCCUAGUGGCUGUUGCCCUGGUAGCCGCUGGGGCAGAGGUCGGGGCUCUCGAUUGGGAUAAUUGUUCUCCGUUUGAAAAGUCCAUCAUCUUCCAACAUUAUAAGUUGAGCAAAAUCUUGAUGCUCUUUGGUGCACAUCCAUAUCUAAAAGACAGGAGCUGGAUCACCGACAAACUGUCUGCAAGUCAGACUGAGGUUCUAGAAACAAUUCAAAACGAAAUUACUUUGGAGACGGGGUAUCGACAUGGACAGAUUUUACACCAUGUCGCCAAGAUAGAACCUGGAACUCAAUAUGUCUGUGAACAAUUAGGACUUGUGGUUGAUGCCACAAAAGAAAAAGAUGCCUUUUUCUUCUUCUGUCGCAAACUUCCAAUGGGUUUUACAGACAUUAAAUAUCUGCUGGCGAAUGAGGACACUGUUCUAAGUGACAUGUUUGAGAUACAGACUUGGAGAUUUGUUCGGAAAACAUUAAGAAUUACCAUCGACAUUGAGGGUAUUCCGAAACACAAUGAACAAUUCGGAGUGGUGUCCCAAGACGGUAAUGUUGGGAAGAUACAGGAUUUCGAAAAGCUGGAAGAGGAAAAUAUCACAAAAAUAACAAUAGACAUCAGUCUAAUGUCAAACAACACUACUACGUUUGCCAUAAAAAGCACGCAGAAGGGAGAAACAUUUGCCAUUUCAAGGGGCUCACAAGAUAUCAGCCUGAUAUCUGAACCGGGAGCGGAAAUACAUCUACCAAGCGAUGCCUUUAAGGAUGUGGCAGAACUUACUGUAAAGGUCUUGGACUCUAACGAUGCUAAUAACGACGAGGAGGAAGCGACAGGACCACUAGUCCUAACUAAUGUCAUAGACAUGACGGUGAGUGACGGUCAGCAACCACAAAAAGAAUUGGUGAUACGGCUACCUCUGCAUUACGGUGACCAGGAGGAGCAGGAUGUAUGCGUUCUAGCCACGUCAUUGGAAGAAGCAGACGACGAAAAGGACUGGGAGGUGUUAGAAGCUGAGACAGAUUCCGCGGGGAAAACGGCUACCUUUAAAAUCAAUCAUCUUUCAGUUUACGCUGGCGCCAAGAAGAAAAAUGUCAGAGAAAACAAACAAGAAGUGGUUGAUGUUAUACAACGGUCUCUGAGUGGGACCAAGAAAGUCAUCAUCCGCGCGUUCGCCCGCGAGAAGAUAGAAGACAGAGUAUUUUCACUCGUUCUGGAAUGCAUGAUCCCCAGAAAACUAAGGAAAAGGAAGCGGAAGUGGGAGCUGGAGGGAUACCAGUUGGUGGAACCUUAUCUCGGGCCCUUCGUCACCCCCAGCAACCAAACUUUUCGGAUAAGAUUUAGCAACAAUAUUGAAAUAGUUAGAGUUGGAAAUUUAAUGGAAGAAGAAAAUAGCCAAUCAAACGAAAAUCAAGAGGAAGGUAAAAAAGAUCAGGGAGAGGUUUUCAACGUCAAUACUCAACCUUUCACUACGUUGGAUUUUGUGGGCCGUGCAGGAUACAACUUCACUGUUGUCAAUCUUAAGUGCAAAGAGAACAAACAGAUCAAGGAGCAGGUCAUAGUGGAAAAAGAAGUCGGAACUACGGAAUGGAUUUCCCAGACAGUGACUGAUCCAGAUUCUGGGUGUUUUAGAGUUAAGGAAAGGACUGAGAAGAAAAAAAUACCAAAGCUUGUGUACGAACGUUUGGUAGACUUUCCUUUGUCUUUACGGAGCUCUAGAAAAGUUGAAAGCCAGAAGGAAGAUGUGCUCAUUCCAUCAGAGGCGACAGAAAAAACCUUCCAAAGUAUUCUUGAAGAUUUUGAGAAAACAUAUCCAAGUACAGUUCCUGGUAUGGACACCAAAACCCUUGGUAUGAUUGGGGGAAACAUUGAUAGAGAAGAGGCCAAAAUCUUCGGAAGGAAUCUCGGUUUAUCGAAAUCAGUCAUAGAACGUUUUCUGAACAUGUCUCAGCCAGCAGUACGAAUGCUAAUGAAAUACAGAGGUCAAUUAACGCAUUACGGACAGAAGAUCGUUCUUAUUACAUCUCUAAAGGCCAUAGGGAGACAGGACCUGGUAUUGAUGCUCACGUCCACUUAGUCACGAGAUAUUUCUGGACCAUUCUUGGUUAUUCGAAGAAAUUACACUUAAUUUCAAUUGAUAAAUUUUAUUAUUAUCAAAAAUCAAGUUCGUUUUGUUUUUUUCCAUCUAAGUCCAAUUUUCUACUUGAUCUGAUCGAUGUAUUAUUGAUAUUAUAAGUAGCUAAAAUCCAUGAUGCGAUCACAUUUCAAUAAUUCAAAAUGUCAGUAAAGUAUUCUUGGAAUUCUAACAUACUAUAGUGAUGUAUUCGAAAUUUCAAUUAUUACUUAGGUCUAUUUUCACUUUAAUCAUGAAGCCGGUUUUCUGCUUCCGAGAAAAUAUUCUCACACUCAAAUUUUAGGAAUCUACAUAAUAAAUGAACCAAAACGCAUAUUUUAAUUUUUACACAAGGAGCACUUUAUAAAAAUGAAAAGUGAAGAUAACGAACAGUGAUCAAUCUCUUAACUCCUAUAAGCAAUACAAAAUAUACAGUUUGGCAAACAGGGACCCCAGGAUAUACAAAACGUGGGAUGAUGUGCCUAGGAGGAGUAAGCACCCCCUGUGAACCGGUCAUACCCAUCGUGACCCUAUAUCUUGAUCAGAUAAACGGGGUUAUCCGUAGUCAAAAUCAUUGUGCCAAGAGCGGUCUAAC